UCGAAAAUUUUUUUACAAAACAAAAUCAGACCAUCAGAUGGCAACACUGUCAAUCCGAAAAUUGUGCACGUGUUUUUCUUUUUAGUGAAUUUUUGUUUGAUUUUUGCUUUUUGAAAAAAAUUAUCAAAAACAAAAUGCAAAACGAUGAUGUUAUCUGGAGUGUAUUGACAUCUUCACUUUGUUCAUAUCAGAUCAAAACAAAAUCACAAAAUUUUUGCCGCAAUGAAUAUAAUGUAUCUGGUCUUUGUGGCCGUAAACAUUGUCCAUUAGCUAAUAGCCAAUAUGCAACUAUACGUGAAGAACAAGGACAAUGUUAUCUUUAUAUGAAAACAAUUGAACGUGCUGCAUUUCCAUCCAAAUUAUGGGAAAAAGUAAAAUUAUCAAAACAAUAUGAAAAAGCAUUACAACAAAUUGAUGAACAUUUGAUUUAUUGGCCAAAACAUCAAAUUCAUAAAUGUAAACAACGUUUAACGAAAAUCACUCAAUAUUUAAUUCGUAUGCGAAAAUUAGAGCUGCAAAAUCCGAAAAAAUUCGUUCCAUUAGCAUCAAAAAUUGAACGUCGUGAUAGACGUCGUGAAACAAAAGCAUUGAUUGCAGCACGUUUAGAAAAUGCAAUCGAAAAAGAAUUAUUAGAACGUUUGAAAAAAGGUACCUAUGGUGAUAUUUAUAAUUUUCAUCAAAAAGCAUUUGAACAAGCAUUAAGUAAUAAUGAUGAUAAUGAAGAAAUGGAAGAAGAAAAUGCUGAAACGGAACGGGAACUUGAAUUGGAAUUAAUGAGUGAUGAUGAUGAUGAAACGGAACAACAAACCGAAUAUGUAGCAGCGGAUGAUUUUGAUGAAAGUAGUGAUGAUGAUGAUAACGAUGAUGAUAUUGAAGAUCUAGAACCAUCAAUAACAUCAAAGAAAUCUACCAUCGCCAAAAAACUGUCAUCGAAAAGGAAAAAACCACAUGUUGAAAUUGAAUAUGAAAAUGAAUACGAACGACCAUCAUCAUCUAAACAACGAUUACAUUGAUUUUCAGUAUUUCCACGAAGGAAAUUCUAUAAAAAUUUUAUUUAAU